AUGUCUCCGACCACCGCCGCGUCCCCCGCGCCGGCGCCGGCAACCGACGCGCCCCCGAAGCCUUCGCCAGGCGCGAAGCGCAGCCUGAUGGGAUCCCUCAUCGACGCCACCGCGCUGCUCCGGGCGGCCUCCUUCAAGGAGGACUCGUACGUGGCCGCGGCGCUCCCGGCCUCGGACCUCCGCGCGCUCGCCGACCUCAGGGCGCUCCUCGCCACCCACCCGGACCAAAUCUCCAUCUGGGGCGUGCCGCUCAACCCGCCCAGCGACGCCCCCGCCGACGAGCGCACGGACGUGGUGCUCCUCAAGUUCCUCCGCGCCAGGGACUUCCGCGUCCGCGACGCGCACGCCAUGCUGCUCCGCUGCGCCGCCUGGCGGGCCGAGUUCCGCGCCGACGCCGUGCUGGACGAGGACCUCGGGUUCAAGGACCUGGAGGGCAUCGUCGCCUACAUGCACGGCUGGGACCGCGAUGGCCACCCGGUCUGCUACAACGCCUACGGCGUGUUCAAGGACCGGGACAUGUACGACCGGGUGUUCGGCGACGGUGACCGCCUCAGCCGGUUCCUCCGGUGGCGCGUCCAGAUCAUGGAGCGCGGCGUGCGCGCGCUCCAGCUCCGCCCCGGCGGCGUCAACGCCAUCAUACAGGUGACCGACCUCAAGGACAUGCCGAAGCGAGAGCUCCGCGCCGCGUCCAACCAGAUACUCUCCCUCUUCCAGGACAACUACCCCGAGAUGGUCGCCCGCAAGGUGUUCGUGAACGUGCCGUGGUACUUCUCCGUGCUGUUCUCGAUGAUCUCGCCCUUCCUCACGGAGCGCACCAAGAGCAAGUUCGUCAUCGCGCGCGAGGGCAACGUCGCGGAGACGCUCUUCAAGUUCAUCCGGCCGGAGCUGGUGCCGGUGCAGUACGGCGGGCUGAGCCGCGCCAGCGAGCUGGAGAACGGGCCGCCCAAGCCGGCGUCCGAGUUCACCAUCAAGGGCGGCGAGAAGGUCUUCCUAGAGAUCGACGGCAUCGAGGCCGGUGCAACAAUAACGUGGGACCUGGUCGUCGGCGGCUGGGAGCUCGAGUACGGCGCGGAGUACGUGCCGGCGUCGGAGGGCGGCUACACGCUGUGCGUGGAGAGGACCAAGAAGGUCCCGGCCGCCGCCGACGAGCCCGUGCACAACGCCUUCACGGCCAAGGAGCCCGGCAAGAUGGUGCUCUCCAUCGACAACUCCGGCUCACGGAAGCGGAAGGUCGCCGCCUACCGCUACUUCGUGCGCAAGCCGUCGGCGUAG